CCCUUUCUGCUCAUAGAAGUGCAGGGUCAGGUCUGCAGAGAUCUCUUGAUGCCCUUUACUGAGCUAGUUCAACAUCUAAAGAACAAACUCGUAGCCACCACUUUUCUCCUGAUCUGACUGGAAGGUUUUAGAGAUCCCUUCAAAAGAGGGAACGACACGUACCAAGAAAAUAACCAAAGGAGACAGGCAGAAACAAACAAGAGCUGUCAGUGACAAAGAGAAAAAAAGAGGGAAGCUAAAACUUCGAGAGCAGAGACCAGGUACAGACCCAGAGGCAGACAGAAAGAACUAGAGUGGGAAGAAGAGAUGGGAUUCAACAAACAAGAAGGAAUCUGCUCCUUCUCCUAAUCAGUGGACUGGAGAGGAUGAACAGAAGCUAGGAAGGAGAAAAGAUACUGAAUAGCUUGAGACAGCAAAAGGCCACAGAUCUGCCCCAUGGGGAUGCAUAACUCAGUCAUUAUCUGCUUUGUUUUAGGAUUUUUCUUAUGGUUUCCCAAAGUAAGAAGUGAGGAAGGGUGUCUCAAUGCUGAAUUCUGUUCAGGUACUGAGUGGAUCCGUCUCUGGUAUAUUUGGCUGGUGGUUGUGAUUGGUGGACUGCUGCUGCUGUGCGGCUUGGUUUCUGUCUGCAUGAGAUGCUGUUUUACUCACUGCCGUCAGGCUGGGGAGGAAUCAGGUCCUCAACCCUAUGAGGUCACUGUCAUUGCUUUUGAUCACGACAGCACUCUCCAGAGCACCAUUACAUCUCUCCAUUCGGUAUUUGGGCCAGCCGCCAAGAGGAUACUAGCAGUGGCACACUCCCACAACACUGUGCAGGGCACGCCACCCCUGACAGCAUCAGACACUCCUCCAGUCUACGAUGAAGCUCUACACACAAGCAGGUUCACUGUUGCCAGGGCAGGGCAGAAAAUGCUAGACCUGGAUCCAGCGACUAAAGAAAAACUGCAGACAUCUGCCGAGGACAAGGACGUCCAGCCAGUCUUUGCAGGACACUAGUGCUUACGUUCACUGAAUGGCAGUAAAAUUCAGAAUAGAGAAAAAAAAAAAUAAAUCAGAGAGUAGUUCCUGUGGUCAGGGUUAGGAAUAUCAGAUUAAUCCCCUUAGUCUAAUGAGAAAGGGAAAAAAAGAGACUAAAAUUCCAGAUAGUUCUAGCUCCAGAGCAUUUGUAUUGUUCCUUUUUACACCUUGAGAUAACUGACCACUGGCAAUCCCUGGAUCCAUUUAUUGUACACACACAUCACUAGAUUCACAGAUUGCAUAUCCAAGCAUGCAGCAAGAUCAAAGUGCUGAGCCUUGCAGGCUGGUGCUGGAUACCUACAGGGAGAUGCUAUCUCAUUCUGAUUGCCACCAGCCUAAAUUUCCUGGGGAUGGCAGAGGUUUUCAGAGCAGGAAAAGCAAUAUGAAAAGGUCUUACACCAAUAUUAAAACCAAACUCCAGGAAAGCGCCAGCCAUCCAUUCACAGUA